GCAACGGAACGAACAAAUCCCCAACCGAUCUCGUCCCCGAUCGCCUCGACGCUCGUCGAAUCCUUCUCCCCCACCGCACCAAGAUGCAGAUCUUUGUGAAGACUUUGACUGGCAAGACUAUCACCCUUGAGGUGGAGUCCUCUGACACCAUUGACAACGUCAAGGCCAAGAUCCAAGACAAGGAGGGCAUCCCUCCGGACCAGCAGCGCCUCAUCUUUGCUGGCAAGCAGCUGGAGGAUGGCAGGACCCUUGCUGACUACAACAUCCAGAAGGAGUCCACCCUCCACCUUGUGCUCCGUCUUCGGGGUGGCAUGCAGAUAUUCGUCAAGACCCUCACUGGCAAGACCAUCACCCUUGAGGUGGAGUCCUCUGACACCAUCGACAACGUCAAGGCCAAGAUCCAUGAUAAGGAGGGCAUUCCUCCGGACCAGCAGCGCCUGAUCUUCGCUGGCAAACAGCUGGAGGAUGGCCGCACCCUUGCUGACUACAACAUCCAGAAGGAGUCCACCCUUCACCUUGUCCUCCGUCUUCGGGGUGGCAUGCAGAUCUUCGUCAAGACCCUCACUGGCAAGACCAUCACCCUUGAGGUGGAGUCUUCUGACACCAUCGACAACGUCAAGGCCAAGAUCCAGGAUAAGGAGGGCAUCCCUCCGGACCAGCAGCGCCUGAUCUUCGCUGGCAAGCAGCUGGAGGAUGGCCGCACCCUUGCUGACUACAACAUCCAGAAGGAGUCUACCCUCCACCUGGUGCUCCGCCUCCGUGGUGGUAUGCAGAUCUUCGUGAAGACCCUUACUGGGAAGACCAUCACUCUAGAGGUCGAGUCCUCCGACACCAUUGACAAUGUGAAGGCCAAGAUCCAGGAUAAGGAGGGCAUUCCUCCGGACCAGCAGCGCCUGAUCUUUGCUGGCAAGCAGCUGGAGGAUGGCCGCACCCUUGCUGACUACAACAUCCAGAAGGAGUCUACCCUCCACCUGGUGCUCCGCCUCCGCGGUGGUCAGUAAGUGUCUUCGUGUUGGAGCUGCUGCUGUCCCUUGGUUGUCUGGUGGGCUGCCUCGUCGCCAUUCAAGUCAAGUGUCUUGUCUCGUUUGAAGUAAUGUGUCUGGUUUAAUGGAUCAUUGAGUGUGUUUGUGCAAACGGUUGCUGGUACAUCAGCCCCGUUCAAGUAUAUGAAUAAGUGAACUUUGAAGUAA